ACUUCUUGUUCAUCUCAAUGUCAGGGAUUCUCCGUUGAAGCUGCGCGAGGAAAGCUUCAGCAGGUGCUCGACCUAUGUAGCCAGUGCAGGAUUUAUGGGUUGGUGUCUCAAAUGCCGACGGUAUGAGCAAUUGUAGGAGCAACCUGACGGAUUUCGGACAUGCUCUCGUUGGAUCUUCGAGUAUAUCGGAUGUCUCCUCGAAAGCCUGCAAGAAACAAAGGAGACCUUCGUCUCCAGUUGCGAAAAACAAAGCACAGUUCUUACGGCAGAGAUAUUUACAAUCGUCCGAUGGUAAUCCAGAUGAAUCUUCAUCGAAAUCGGCUGCUGUCGCGAAAAAAGAUUCGAAAACGAAGGUGCUUAGUACUUCCCAACAGCAGUUCGAGAAUGCAUCCGUUGCUGAAGCCAUUGCCAAACGCAAACAUGUUGUAAACUAUUGGCGGAAUGCGUCAGGUCGAACGACGCGACGGCGUGUGCAAAUCGGACCGUGGAAGCGAGAAGAUCUUUCAAAACUAUGUGAACAGAAAUGGGAAGCUAUCAGCGAACAAUGCGCUGUGCAGUUUUCUGUUCGAAGUGAUGUUACCACUGAAGGGAUCAUUGAACUGCUCUCCAUUUCAAACCAAGAAGGAACUACCGAUGAUACUUCAGCUACGCAUACCGCUGCAAACGACAUCCAAAGCCAACACGCAUCCAUUCCAUCCCCUGUGUCUUCAGGCCUUUCAUUAAAAUUGAAGAAAAUAGGUUCUGGGUGGAAACCUAUUGCAGAGGAAGAACUCGGUGAACCUGAAAGCACUGAAAUCCUUUCAGAAACGGUUCAUCAUCGUGUCGCCAAGAAAAAGAAACAUCAUCAUCACCAUCACGUGAACGUGGAAACUGACGGGGUAACCCAUGAAGAACGUAAACUGAUGAAGAAGCGCAGGAAACUCUUGAAGCAGCUGAGGAAAUCAUUAAAGCAGCAGGAAAAACUGGAAAGAGCUGUUGAGCAAAGUAAAGAAAGAGCUAUGAAGAAACCUCAGGAAGUAGCAGCAAGUGAUUCAGUUAAAUGUACAUCUCAGCGUGUCGAGCAGUGUACGGAGGAUUCACCUGCAGUGAAUUCAGAAGCUCCGAGUAUUGUUGUUCCAAAAACUGCGAAGAACGCUGCUAAACCGAUUGCAGUUGUUGCUGGACAGCCGCAGGCUAAACAGAAACCUGUGGAAUCAGUGGAAAAGAUGCCGGAGAAAAAGUUCGAUGAGAAAUCGGUUGAUGCCAAAAAUCCUUCUGCAAGCACGGACUCUGCUUUGCUGAAGCAUUUGCUAGAUGUCAAUUCUUCAGAGAUAUUGAAGCGUGCUGACGGUGAUGCUUCUAUAGAACUUGGAAAGGAUCCUGUUCCGGAUUCGAUCAUCAAAAAGUUGCUGGAUGAGACAUCUAGAGAUACCUCAGCGCUUCUGGAAAAGAAAAGUCAGAAUAUCCUAGAAAAAUUCUUGAAUAGAAAAACGAAGCCAAAUCCUGAAGCGCAGCCGGAUGCGCCUUUGAAUCUCACGAAACUUGGAAAAAAAGAAACCAGUUCGGGUAGCAUUAAUAUUGCGGAUUUGCCUCCAGCUCCAGCAGCAGAAGUUCAAUACUUACGCCAAGUAUUGAAGAAUCAGCUCUACGAUAUUCCUUCAUCCCUGGUGAUUCCACGUGACCAACUUAUCCAUUUCUACACAUAUCCCAUCAGGAGCUUCUGUAGUUUGUUGGCCAAGCAAGCUGUGUUGUUCAACUUAGUGAGUGGAGAACCUGAUGCCAUUCUCGAUGGCCGAGUGAUUGUUUUUGCGACGAAGCAGCUUCCUGACAUUCUAGAGCAUCCCAAGAAUUAUUUACCAGUGAUCCUUGGCUCUCCAUUGUCCUCUGAUGCCAAAGACAAUGCUGACCCUAGUUUAUUAAAAACGUUGUUGGAAAAGGAGUCCGAUGCCUGUUGUGAUAGCCCUAUGUUGCAAAGUAGAAAGCCCUUACCGUGCCUAGUCAAGUUGCCAAAGCAGAGUGCAGAAGAAUGUGAUACAGUGAGUUCCGCGGUGCCCAAAAUCCGCGUUCGAGAUGUUGAAUCCCUUCAGCGCAUUGGACUCGAUGAACUACAUGCCAUGGGUGCCACUGUACCCACUCCUCCGACAGGAAGAAUGCUUUUGGAUCUGCUUGGGAAAGAACACAGGAAUCCAACCUGUUUGAGCCAAACAGAUGCUGGCAUUUGGUUUCCUCGCGUAGCAUCCUCCAUGGUGCACUUCGAAAACGUUCCGCGGAGUCGUGAAGACCCGAAAAGCGCUUUGGAAGCUUGGGUUUGUCAUCAGGGCCUCAAACCGCUUCAGGAUUUUGCCUGUAGUAGCAACAGCAGCGGAGCUGACACCAGUUUGAAUCAGCUGUUGAGUGCUCCACCAUUGUUUCAUUCGUCCCAGCUAAAUGAUGCGAUGUCUCUGCCGGGAUUUGUUUCAUGGCCAACAUCGUUCAAUCCUCUCCCAAUCGAUUAUGGUGCAGUCUCAUCGAAUCUUCACUCAGCGUUCCCAGACGAUCGUAUUAAAAAAUCGGAAGAAGACCGACCUUAUUCCGUGCAUGCGCUCGACUCGUUCGCCUGGACCCUUCCGCAGGUGUUGGACUCAUUGCAGGCACGUGGGAAUACGUACCACGGCAGCUAAACCCUUUACUUCUCGCACAAGCAGCAUGAAAUCCUACGUUUAGGUUGGAUGCUGUUUGCUGAAGUCGUCACGUCGUUUGGAUUUUGCAUCUUCCUUUUUUUGUUAUGAGUUCGUGUGUCGAACUAUUUAUUUUUUUAUUUCUCUUUGGAGUAUAACAUUAGCAUUAGACAUAUGCGGAGUGUUAUUGGUGUUCGUUCGCGGUUUGAUUUUGCGGAUGAGAAUGCCCCUGUGUAAAGUUUCUGUGGACAUGAGUGCUUCGUGCAUAAUGCGCAUAAGGAUUCGAUUUUGGAUAUGUUAUUUUUUUAAUGUUUGCUUGGAAUUGAAUUAAAGACGACGGACGUGGUGUUGCAUGAUGAAUCCUUUCCCUAGUUACUUCCUGCGAACAUUGGUUCGUUUUUCUCCGACGCGAGAAUCCAUGGCAACUUUCUUUCCGUAAUUCUGGUGAACGAAUUGGUUUUGCGUUCCUGUAACUUACACAGCCGCUUCAUGGGUUAUCAAAAACAACUCAAGUACUGUAGUUCCUUAUUUUGUCGCGGACCUUAUGAACCUGGAGAAUGUAAGUGACUGAGUACGCCGAUCGGUGGCAUCGGUUAACAAAACUCAAACACGGGAAUUUUUUUAUUGCUUUGGGUCUGAUAUACUUUUUUUUCAGAUGAUGUAGUAGUAGUAGUAAGCUGGUAUAUUUCUGAAAUCCCGUUGCGGUAAUUAAGAGCGCGGAAUUAUUAAAUUGAAACAUGAUGAGAUUAUUAUAUCUAUGAUUCAUUUACAGGAACACUGUAUAAGGUUAUGGACCUUUUAUUGAAAUCUCCGGAUCUACACAACUCUGUGAUCAGAUUUUUUUUUUUCAAUGGUGCGAAAUGAGUUUUUGCUGUUGAAAAUUUGCGGUUUAGGAGAUUGAAUCCAGAGGUGUUGUGUUGAAGCUUUUUUUUGGAAUAGGUCGUUUCAACUGGCUUGUUGGAUCUGUCCCUUCCUUCAUGAUCGACGGGAUUGUGACGUUGUUUCAAUGGAAGUGCGAGGUUGAAAUAGAGUUAGCUCUUCAAAUCAUGGAAA